AUGAGCUUAGUUAUAAUAAUAACACUGGAAUCUAUUUGGUGUGGAGAUUUUUUUGUAUCCAAAAAAGUGUAAUGCCUGGGAGUCGCUCUAGUACCGCUGCUGAUCCAGAUCAUAAAUCACCGCGAGAAAGUGGUGAAGAUUCUGAAGAUGAGAGUGAAAUUUUGGAAGAAAGUCCCUGCGGGCGGUGGCUGAAACGUAGAGAAGAGGUGGGACAGCGUGAUGUUCCGGGAAUUGACUGUGCUUAUUUGGCAAUGGAUACCGAGGAAGGUGUUGAAGUUGUUUGGAAUGAAGUCCAAUUUUCAGAACGCAAAGAUUUUAAAGCACAAGAAGAAAAAAUUCAACUAGUCUUUGAAAAUUUAAUACAGCUAGAACAUCCGAGUAUUGUCAAAUUUCAUAGGUAUUGGACUGAUACUCACAAUGACAAGCCACGGGUCAUAUUCAUCACUGAGUACAUGUCAUCUGGCUAUUUACAUUCUUGUUCGCCACCGAUUGUUCAUGGAAAUCUUACUUGUGAUACUAUAUUUAUUCAGCACAAUGGUCUAGUGAAAAUUGGCUCAGUUGCUCCAGACGCAAUUCAUCACGAUGGACGAACUUGUAGAACAAAUGUAAAAAAUAUGCACUUUGUCGCACCAGAAUAUGGCAAUUUACUGACACCGGCAAUUGACAUUUAUGCUUUUGGAGUUUGUGCUCUCGAAAUGGCUGCGUUGGAGAUUCACGGUAACGGAGACAGUGGCAGUCCUGUUACCGAUGAAAAUAUACAAAAAACAAUCGAAUCACUGGAUGACCCUCUACAAAAAGAUUUUAUUAGAAAAUGUCUUCAAUCAGAGCCGCUUAGUAGACCAAGCGCCAGAGAAUUAUUAUUUCAUCCAAUAUUAUUCGAAGUUCCCUCGCUCAAGUUGCUUGCUGCUCAUGCUCUAGUGUCGUCUGCCACAAAUAUAUCUGAAACAAUAACAGACCAGGUCCUGCAAAGAUUAUACGGACCAGAUACGGUCGUAGCUGAAAUAAGAUAUCAAAAUCAAUUAUCACCCUCCGUUGCCAUAUCAUCUAAGUCAUCCUCAUCGUCAUCUUCGUCUUCGUCAUCAUCACAACCUCCUCUCCAGCAAAUUCGACUAAGUGACAUUUCUGUCACUGAAAAAUUAGAAAAAUUCGUCGAAGAUGUUAAAUACGGAAUUUAUCCGUUGACUACAUGCAUGGCUAGACUACCUCCACCUUCAGCCGUUCGACCACGAGCAAUAUCACCUGAGAUAACCGAAUCGGUUAAGUCUGUUACACCUGAACCACUCACUCCAGAAGCUCGUAGAAUUGUUCAUAUGAUGUGUAAUUUGACAUGUCCUGUUACUGAAACAGACACACCGCUUAUACUAGCACAAGAUCUUGUUGAUAAUGCAUUUAUUAAUGAGAGUGAUCGAGAUGCGUUGGCUCGUUUGAUGGAAGAAACCAUAAGAAGUUUUUAUAACAAACAAAAAAUGAGGCCAGCAAUGGUAUCUUUAACUAAUUUGCCUACAUCAUUAUUGCUACCCGAAUCAGAGCUACCCCGCAUACAAGAUUUGGAAACUUUGAACCACAAUGCCUCCUUGACAUCACCACCAUCAUCAGUAUCCUUAAAUACAACAGUAUUGAGCAAUGACCUAUAUUUUUUUGCCGCGAAAGAACGAAUUUGA